AUGGCAGCGACUCGAGCGUGUUUGGUCGCGCUCGCGGUGGCUCUGUCAUUUCUCUUCUUGGAGGGCCCAGCCGCGGUGUUGGCCGCGCCGGCGAAGACCGCGGAGAGUUUGGAGCAGCGGCGACGGGAGGCGCAAAGCCUCCUCAGGCGGCUCAACAAGCCUCCUGUCGCAAGCUUUCAGAGCCCGGAUGGAGAUGUCAUAGACUGUGUGCACAUUUCCAAACAGCCUGCAUUCGACCAUCCUCUCCUCAAAAACCAUACUAUCCAGAUGCGGCCUUCUUACAACCCAGGAGGUAUGUAUCAUGACCCCACCAUCGCACCCCAUCCAAUAACCCAGACAUGGCAUCAAAAUGGUAAGUGCCCCGAGAACACCAUACCAAUCCAGAGGACAAAGGAGCAGGAUGUUCUAAGGGCUAGUUCCAUCAAGAGGUAUGGCAAAAAGAGGCCCAGGAGCAUCCCAAACCUUAGUUCAAUCAAUGACCCUGACACAACCAAUAUCACGAGGGGCCACCAGCAUGCUAUCGCAUCUACAAGUGUUGAUAAGUGCCAUGGAACCAAAGCCACUUUUAAUCUGUGGCAACCAAUGAUUGCGAGAGCCAAUGACUUCAGCUUGGCCCAAUUCUGGAUUAGUGGGGGUUCCUAUCAGGGAAACGACCUCAAUACCAUUGAAGUAGGAUGGCAGGUUUACCCACAAAUGUAUAAUGAUAACAAUGCUAGACUCUUCAUCUUCUCGACUCAUGAUGCAUAUCAAACAGGAUGUUACAACCUAAAGUGCUCAGGGUUCGUCCAAACGGAUAAUCAGAUUGCCCUUGGUGGUACCAUAUCCCCGGUCUCCACCUAUGGAGGCACACAAUAUGACUUGGAUAUUUUAGUUUGGAAGGACCCAAAGAGUGGCAAUUGGUGGUUGCAAGUGGGAACGAAUAAUGUGGGUUAUUGGCCAUCAUUGAUAUUCUCAUACUUGGCUGAUAGUGCAUCUACUGUACAAUGGGGCGGUGAGGUAUUCUCACCCGAUGCCGGCCAAACUUCCACACAGAUGGGUAGUGGACACUUCCCUGAGGAAGGGUUUGGCAAGGCUAGUUAUAUCAAGAACAUACAAGUGGUAGAUUCGUCCAAUAAUCUCAAACCACCAAGUGAUGUGAAGACUAUAGCUAAGCAACAGAACUGCUAUAAUGCAAAAAAUGGUAUGUCUAGCGACAUGGGUACUUACAUCUACUAUGGGGGGCCAGGGAAGAACUCCAAUUGCCCAUGA